AUGUAUCCACAACCUGUUGUUGAAGAUCAACCAGACGCGUCAGAUCUGGACCUCACCUGGGACUCAGAUCAAGAUAAUGAUGAAUGUGUAUACUACCAUGAAGGAAGUGAUCUGUACGCGGAAGAUGUCGACGGUCAGAUGGCGGUACUGCCAGAAGUGCCUGUGACGACGGAAGAUGUGAAAAUCGAGGACAUUCAGCUAUGUGGAUCUGAUAAUCAGAUCCCAGAAGAAAUUGAUCGGCUUCGCCAAAUGAUCUGGAAGUUCCGACACCUCUUGAUCGGCAAAGGCAAUGUCCUCCCGCUGGCUUCUCGAGGUGUUGUAUGUGAUAUCGACGUCGGAGGAGCGAGACCUAUCGCCUUGAAGUGUCGUAAGUUGUGGAUCCAGUUCAGGGAAAAGCUGGCAGACUUGAUCGAGGGUCUAUUGUCUCCCAAGAUGAUCAAUUACUGUAGAUCACCAUUAACUCAGCUGAUGGUCUUCCCAACGCCCUUGAUCAACGACUUACUCGAAGAUCUAGAGUCGACACUUUGGCACUGCUCAAUGGAUAUGGCGAGUGGAUUUUGGGUGGUGAAAAUGACGGAUCGUGCUCGUUUGAGCUCGGCUUUUAUCACUCCCUUUGGACUAUUUGAAUGGAAUCAAAUGUCCUUCAGCUUGAAGAAUGCGCACCAGAUCUAUCAACGUAUGAUUGACAAUGCACUAUAUGAAUUCACCCGGAUCCCGAAGUCUGAAGAUCAUGGAAAUGCUUUGGAUGUGUUUGAGAACGGGGAACCGGUGGAUCCAGGCAAGCCAUCGGUGCUCGGGCGUAGAUCAUACAUUGACGACAUCCUGCUCACGGCAAUAACUGGAUCAACUAUGUGA